ACCCGGAAGUGAUUCCUGAGGCCCGGGCCGCGUGGAUUCGCUUAGCGCGGAGUAUCUGGUUGCCGCGGUGGCCGCGAUGACCAAAAUAAAGGCAGAUCCGGACGGGCCGGAGGCUCAGACGGAGGCUUGCCUGGGGGAGCGCACUUACCACGAGCUGCUGGUGAAUCUGAACCCCAUCGCGCAGCCCCUGGCUUCGCGCCGCCUCACGCGGAAGCUCUACAAGUGCAUCAAGAAAGCCGUGAAGCAGAAGCAGAUUCGGCGCGGGGUGAAGGAGGUUCAGAAGUUUAUCAACAAAGGCGAGAAAGGGAUCAUGGUUUUGGCAGGAGACACAUUGCCCAUUGAGGUAUACUGCCAUCUCCCAGUUAUGUGUGAGGACCGGAAUUUGCCCUACGUCUAUAUCCCCUCUAAGACGGACCUGGGUGCAGCCGCGGGCUCCAAGCGCCCCACCUGCGUGAUCAUGGUCAAGCCCCAUGAGGAGUACCAGGAGGCCUACGACGAGUGUCUGGAGGAGGUGCAGGCCCUGCCCCCCCCCAUGUGAAGGACUCAGGCCCCUGCUCUGGAAGCUGGGGGGCUGGCGGCGGGCCAGCUGGCUGCCCUCCUGCCGCCCAUGCUCGCACCUGCCCCGGGCCCCUGCGGCUGGCCUUCUUCUUGGGCAGCUCCGCCAGCUCUCCCCGGCAGGCAGAGCCGGCAUCCUCUCCCGUCGCGCGCCAGCGCAGACGGCUCCGAGAAUGCGGUGUGGGGGGAGUAAACGCUAAGGCUCGAG